AAUUGCAUUACAGGAAAAUGUACAGAACUGAAUGGGAUCAUCAGUGGAACAGGCAGGCUCUCAUAGAUAAGCAUCACAUAUUUUCUGUAAUGUGAAUGACAAAUAGAGUAAAAAGAGAGGUAUUCUAAGAGAUUUAGAAGAGAAAAGAGGGUAAAGUGAGAGGAGAUAAGAAAAGGUUAUAGAGGAGGCAGAUAUAGCACAUCAUUUACUACUAUGGAAAGUCAACAUAUAUCCUAUACAUUAUGACAAUAGCAUAAUGCAGCCAUUUUGUGGAAUUUAUAAAAGAAUAAAAGAUCUCUGUACUGAAUAUUUUUCUAUCUUCACCACAGUAGCUACCAGUUUCUGUUUCCAUAAAAGUGAGGUUAAGAGUUCUCUUCAAUGACUUUCUGUCUAGACUGUUUCUUUGCGGGGAGAGUGGAAGAGACAAAUGCCACAGAAGUCUUCUAGGUCUCUCAUUCUCAACUAUAAGUCUGCAGUCAUAGAUACCACUGCAGCAGAAGCUUCCUUGACAUUUACAAUAAAUAAGUGGCAGCAUGGAUCAUGAACUUACACAUGGGUUUCUGGAAAUAGCACAGGUACCAUAGCCAUCCACAUGGCCUCCAGAAUCCAUCGCCAUGGACCACGAACCUCAGCAUUGUCUCUGGCAGCAGUUAAGAUCACAGACAUUACCACAAUCCUUGGCUACAGUCCGGACCACUGGCACCAUUAUGGACAUUGACGUGGCCUCCAGUGGCAACACAGGCCAUAGACAUCAACAUGACUUCAGGCAGCAGCACAGACCAUGGGCAUUCGCAUGACCUUUGGUGGUGAUCCAGACCAUUGGCAUAAAUAUGGCCUUCUGAGGGAGCACAGACCAAGAACACUAAAUGGUCUCCAGCAGCAGAAAAAGACUAUGAAGAAAGGGAUUCGUAUUGCUCUAACACUGCAGGAAAGUCAUUUUUUUUAUGUCAUGCAUUUUUAAAAAAGAUAUGAUAUUGAGCUCUAUAAAUCAAACUUCCUGCCUUGUGCUGUUGGUGAUAUUUGAUGGUAAGAUUGGAGAGGAAGAGGAUAUUGCUUACCUAACUGUCCCUUCCCACUCUGCUGGCCUACUAUACCUUUGUUUGGCAUACUAAUGGCAAGUGGGGUGAAGAACAAGGUGAUGUUUACAAGAGAGAAGUUCAGAGAGCAAAUGUUAGCCUCAUCUUGCAGAACUAGUUCCUACAGCCUGAGACCAGCGAAGGAGGGAAGGGUUGGAUUUCACUAGAGCUAACAACAAAAAGGUUUUGUAAACGUGCCGAGUGCAAGGUUCACGUUUCCAGCCCCAGCUCAGUUAAUUUUUGCAAGAGGCACAUCAAGGUUCACUCACUCUGCAGAUUCCCACUGAGCCUGCUGCCUCGGAAGGGUCUUUCACCUCCCAGAAGUCCAUUUUUACAAAUACUUCUUGUGGAGACAGCUUUCCAGGUGAGGAUGUGUCUCAGAGCAGUAGAUGAAAGAGUCUGGAAGCCAAAUGAACAACACAAGAACUGCUAAAGUGCCCUCAUGGCUGUCACACUGCAAGGUGCACAAAUGCUGCAGAUGCUGGAGAGAUCGUUGAGGAAGUAUCUUCCUGAAUCCUUAAAGGUUUAUGGGACUGUCUUUCACAUGAACCAUGGAAACCCAUUCAACCUAAAAGCUGUAGUUGACAAGUGGCCUGAUUUUAACACAGUGGUUGUCCGUCCUCAGGAACAGGACAUGGCAGAUGACCAUGAUUUCUACACCAAUACUUACCAAAUCUUCUCUAAAGAUCCCCAGAAAUGUCAGGAAUUCCUGGACUCCCCAGAAGUAAUCAACUGGAAACAACAUUUGCAGAUUCAAAGUUCCCAGUCCCGCCUGAAUGAGGCAAUACAAAAUAUUGCAAACAUUCAGUCUUUCCAAGUCAACCGCUCAGAAAACAUCCUCUUUGUAACAUCAGAGACAAUCAAGAAGCUGUUCCCUGACCUGCUGGAUCCAAAGAAUUUAUCUCCGGGUAAUGGCAAGCCCAAGGCCAUCAAUCAAGAUAUGUUUAAACUUUCAUCCUUGGAUAUCACCCAUGCUGCCUUGGUGAAUAAAUUCUGGCUUUUUGGUGGCAAUGAGCGGAGCCAUAGAUUCAUUGAACGCUGUAUAAAGAAGUUCCCAAGUUGCUGUGUCCUGGGGCCUGAGGGGACCCCUGCAUCCUGGACCCUAAUGGACCAAACUGGAGAGAUGCGAAUGGGUGGCACCAUGCCUGAGUAUCGAGACCAAGGUCUUGUCUCCUUUGUUGUCUAUUCACAAGACCAGAUUAUGAAGGAACGUGGCUUUCCUGUUUAUUCUCACACAGACAAAAGCAAUAUUGCCAUGCAAAAAAUGAGUUACAAACUGCAUCAUCUCCCCAUGCCCAGUGCCUGGAAUCAAUGGAAGUGUGUGCCUGUGUGAAGCUAGCCUUGAACACAAGAUGGUGUUUGGGGGGCGGGGAGAACCUGGGGAUGUAAUUGGAUGGCAGACAAAGAAUAAAGGUGACCAAAAAGAGAGAAUAAAUGGAAACCAGAUGCAAA